UAUUUUAUCUCAAGUACUUUGUUUGUAUUAGCGACCCGUUUUUUUUACCCGGAAGUAGAUCUUUCACAUGGCUCAGUAUGGCGCAUGCGCAGAGAGAUGACAGGUCGGGUCAGGAUGGCUGAAAAUGGUGCACAGCUCUUAGCCAGGAUCGAGGGGAGACGAUCGCUCCAAGACAUCGAUCGCCACAUUUUUCCUAUGAAUGGUGGUCCAGUUCAAGGUGAUGUCAUUGAGUUUCAUGGAGUAGAAGGAAGCGGUAAGACAGAGAUGUUGUACCACCUCGUGAGCCGCUGUAUCCUCCCCACACACAGCGGAGGGCUGGAGGUGGAGGUCGUCUUCAUAGACACAGACUACCACUUUGACAUGCUGCGUCUGGUGAGCGUCCUGGAGGCCUGUCUGACCCCGUCACCUCCAGAGAGCGAGAUGGAUGUGCAGGUGGACACAGAGGUGGUCCGUUCCAGCUUAGGUCGCCUCUCUGUGCUCCAUUGCUCCAGCUCCGUCCAGCUCCUCCUUACGCUGCAUUAUCUGGAGGGAACUCUGUGCACUCGGCCCACCGUCUGCCUGCUCGUCGUAGACAGCAUCUCUGCCUUCUAUUGGAUAGAUCGCGCCAACGGUGGUGACAGCCUGGCUCGACAGGAGGCCAAUAUGAGAAAAUGCACAGAGAUCCUGGAUAAGCUCAGGAGAGACUACGGCCUUGUCGUGUUUGCCACCACGCAUGCGGUCAUGAAAAAUUAUUCGUCCAGCUCGACGGCUUCCGGAUCGUCAGAGCCGUGGAAAUGCAGCUCGGACUUCGACAAGCAGUAUCUCUGUCGAGCCUGGCAAAAGAUUCUCACACACAGACUUCUGUUCUCCAAAAGUGUCCAAAGUAACGUUCCUGAGGAGAACAAACAGCUUUUCUCAGUGGCAUGUAACACUGUAAGGACUAAAGGUGUUCAUCGAUGUGUGUUUUAUGUCACAGAAGCGGGAGUUCGGUUUACUGAGUGACACACACACACACACACACACACACACACACACACACACAUCUGUGCACCUCUGGUGUUAAAUCCUUUUAAUCGGAUGUUUCAGGGGACGAAAUAACGGCAAGUGUUCGGGGUCUGAACUUUGAAAGAAGUCAAAUUUUUAACAAGGAACACAAAAUCAUCAUAAAGACAGAUUCUGAGUGAUAUCUUACCGAUCAGAGGACUCAUUUUUCCUGUAUUUUCUUAAAUGUUAUUUUGAUACACAAAACUGUACUGGAUUUUAAUAAAGAUACUUGAAAGAACUAUUAAGGCUUUUUUUUUCAUGUAUUGUAUGUAUGGGACCACCGAGGAGAAGGUUGUGAGUUCAAAUCUCAAAUUCCAAUGUUGGGAUGUGCGAAGAAAUAAUUUCACUGAGCUGUAAUAUAUAUGUGA